AUGCGCCUGGCCUUGAAUGGCAGUGUAGUGCAUGUGCUUGCCUUGCAAAUAGAUGGGAUCUACGCCCGGAAUCUCGCUGGAAGCAGUCUCCAUGGAAGACCUCGCGGGGUAACCCUUCCUCCAAGGCGUCAGGCCAAGAAACAUGAAUGCGUUGAAGAGGAAGUCCAAAUAGUCCUGGAACGAGAGUUGGAUGAGGAAGAUGGACACGAAGUGGUCCACGGCAUUCUGGAACCAAGACUGUUUCCAGACCGAGAAGCCACAGCAAUCGAGGGAUCCAAGGCAUCGAGACAAGUCACGCUGGCGAGGUCGGCAGAGUCAUCGGUUUUGGUAGAGGCGACGGUCUUGGUGGAAGCAUUGGAGUCGGUCUUGGCGGAAGGUUUGGAGUCGGUCUUUCAAUUGGCGGAAGGUUUGGAGUCGGCCAUGGUCGAAUCAACCGGAUAA